AUGGGCGUAACGAAUCGUGACACAAAGGCGACGGCUUCUUCCAAGCCCAAGAAGACUCACAUAUAUCAUGAGAUAGCGAAUGGAAAACCUGCUACAACAAAACCUUCACAUCACAAAGGCUCCAGGUCAGGCAAGAACUUGUCACACACAAAGAAACCCUGGAAAGAAUCACGGCGGAUUGUAUUUUCUCUGGGCGCAAUAUUAGGACUUGCCAUCGCAAUUUAUGCCGGUGCCGUUGGUGGAAAAUCGAACUCAGUUCUCUUUGAGAACUUCGUUAACUUUGAAUCGCUCCAAGACUAUGUGGAUGACUGGAAAGAAGUGCUGCCUCAGAGUCUUUCCUCCUUGGUAUCUGACUUUCAGAAGCGGAGUGCGCAUUCGACGUCGCUCAAAGAUCUGACUGAGAGUUUUGCCGUGGGAAAACAGCUGCACCGAGAGUUGCAUCUUCGUGAUAAACAUCCAGUGAUAAUGGUGCCUGGUGUAAUAUCGACAGGGAUCGAGAGUUGGGGCCUCUAUGGUGACAAUGAGUGCUCCUCAGAACCUCAUUUUCGUAAACGGCUGUGGGGAUCUUUUUAUAUGCUUAAAACCAUGGUCUUGGAUAAGAUGUGCUGGCUCAAACACGUCAUGUUAGAUCCAGAAACAGGGCUGGAUCCGCCCAACUUUACUUUGCGCGCUGCACAGGGCUUUGAGGCCUCUGACUUCUUUAUGGCCGGCUACUGGAUUUGGAACAAGGUGUUACAAAACCUUGGUGCGAUCGGUUACGAUCCAAAUAAGAUGGCAACUGCUGCCUACGAUUGGCGUCUAGCUUAUCUGGACCUUGAGCGCCGUGAUAGCUACUUCUCGAAACUGAAACAAAAGGUCGAGCUUGAUUUUAAACUCACAGGCGAAAAGGCAGUGCUGGUGGGCCACUCAAUGGGAUCUCAGAUUAUUUUCUAUUUUCUCAAGUGGGUAGAGGCAGAGGGCCCGCUCUAUGGAAAUGGAGGUCCUGACUGGGUUGAAAACUACGUCGACUCGUUCGUCAAUGUUGCGGGUACCCUGUUAGGUGUUCCCAAAUCGGUUCCUGCCUUGAUUAGCGGAGAAAUGAAAGACACUAUUCAGCUUAACGCUUUGGCUAUGUAUGGACUAGAAAAGUUCUUCAGCAGGAAAGAAAGACUUGACAUGAUUCAAACUUGGGGAGGUGUUCCAUCUAUGCUACCAAAAGGCGGUUCACUUAUUUGGGGCGAUCACGACGUCUCAGUAGAAGAUACUCUGCGCAAUGCCACCCAUUCGUAUGGAAAGUUCAUUCGAUUUGAUCGUGAGGUUGACAAUGCGGUGCAGAAGCGUGAGUAUACAAUGAGUGAAUCUUUAGACCUUCUAAUGGACAUUUCACCAUCGUGGCUUCAAAAGCGGGUUAAGGAUCAGUAUACGUUCGGCUUUGCUACAUCAGAAGGAGAAAUGAUCGAAAAUCAACGUCAUCAUUCGCACUGGUCAAACCCACUCGAAGUGCCUCUUCCAAAUGCACCCGGCCUCAAGAUUUAUUGCAUUUAUGGUGUAGGAAACCCCACAGAACGGGCGUAUGUGUAUAAAGAGGACCGCGAACAUCCAGUUUUGAACUUUACCAUUGAUUAUGAAAACAGCGAGCCCGUAUCAUUCUCUGAUGGAGACGGUACCGUUCCGUUAGUCACUCAUGCAAUGUGUCAAAAGUGGGCGCAAGGUCUCAGCCCUUACAAUCCUGGAAACUCGACUGUGAAGGUCAUUGAGAUCAAACACCAACCGGACCGUUUUGAUAUUCGCGGUGGCGCUCAAAGUGCGGAGCAUGUUGACAUCCUGGGUAGUGCGGAACUAAAUGAGUACAUUUUGAAAGUUGCAGGAGGUGUUGGCGAUACAAUCGAACCACGCCAAAUUUCCGACAUGAAGCAAUGGGUACAAGACAUGCCAUUUCCUAUGUAA